CGAGCAAGAUUUAUCGCUCAUAGAAUUUAUUUUUUCAACACUUGAAGCGUGAAAAUUUAGUAUAAUUUCCACUACGUUAGUCGUAAACGGUUAAUUUAUUACGUGAUCUUGGUAAACGAACACUUUUAACUUCCGUUUAGCACAAGAUACCGGUGUUCGCGAAUUUUCAUCUAGAGAGUUGUAUAAUAUUUCGAAAACAUGAAGCUAAUUAGUCGUAAAAAAUGUAUUCUCGGACCGAAGAAUACCAUUUUCCAUUAUAUUCGCAAACCGCUGGACUGCUCGGUUUGUACGAACAAAACCACUAUUGAUACCGUAACCAAAAUAACACAAACUGAAUUCGAAGAGAAGUAUGCAUACACUGGUCGUCCUUUGGUCGUUCGUGAUGCUGCGAGAUACUGGAAAGCUAUGGAAGCUUUCGAUUAUGAAUUUUUCAAACAUCUGAACGACAUUUCUCAAAUGCAUCUGUGCCAAUUUAUCAACUAUAAUGAAGAGUUCAAAAAUUUAAACGAAUUGUUUGCUAUGGACGUUGCACGAAUCCGUGAGAAAAUGCUGUUGGAGCCAUGGUAUGUUGGAUGGAGCGUAUGUGAUCCAAUAGCAGUAGCAAUCCUACGAGAUUAUUACGAAAAACCGAGCUUUUUACCGAAAACUUCGGAGAAUUAUAUCGUCGACUGGAUAUUCAUGGGUACUCCUGGGCAUGGAGCCAAAUUACACAUUGACGAUGUUCAUUUACCCUCUUGGCAGGCUCAGAUAAAAGGUAAAAAACGAUGGAUUAUAAAAACACCGACCGAAUGUUUGUACACUUGCGAGGAUACAUUUUCCGUUGAUAUGAAACCUGGUGAUAUCAUCGUCUUAGAUUCUAACCGAUGGUAUCAUUCGACCGAAGUAAUCUCUAAACAAAUCAGCAUCACCGUAGGUGCCGAAUACGAUUAGAGGCAUUCCUGCAGACAAAUCACACAGCUACGUUUAUAACCAUAAAUAUAUUAUAUUUUACUUAAAUGUGUGGACAAUUAUCAAGCUAUUGUAACUUUACACAUCGCUUACUAAAUACAUAAUUCCAUCUCCGU